AUGAAUAUUUGCGAACACUGUGGAGAUCAUUUGAAAAUUAACAGUUCAGAUAGAAUCAAACUUUUGAUUGAUCUAGGUACUUAUAAUCCUAUGGAUGAAGACAUGUUUUCUCUGGAUCCCAUUGAAUGGGAUGAACCUUAUACGGAAGACAAACCUUCUACGGAAGAUAAACCUUAUAAUGAACCUUAUACAGAACACGAACCUUCUACAGAAGGCAAACCUUAUACGGAAGACGAACCUUCUCCGGAAGACAAACCUUAUACGGAAGAUGAACCUUAUACGGAAGACGAACCUUCUACAGAAGACAAACCUUCCAACGAACCUUAUACGGAAGACAAACCUUCUACAGAAGACAAACCUUAA